AUGUGGAGGGGAGCAGAAGCUCCUGAGCCCACCCCUGAAGGGUUGCUUUCACCCAGGUCCAGAGUUGCUUUCUCAAGGUUAGGCCAGAGAACUUUGAAGCUGUGUACCAGUGUGGAGUGGUUGUUUAUCAGGGACUCUAAAACGGAAAAUAACACGCAGUUUGAGGAGGUGCACCCUGGCGUGGGAGUGGCACACAUCCCUGCCAGCCUGCAUUCCGGGGACUAACCCCCCACGCCCGGCCUGGCCCUCACCAUGUUAGCUGCAUCAGAGAUGGCGGCAGCAGCAGGAAGGCCUUACAUAUGCAGUGAGUGUGGCAAGAGCUUCCGCUACAGUUCGGUGCUGCUGCGUCAUGAGCGUGCUCAUGGCGGUGACAGCCGCUACCGCUGCCUAGACUGUGGUGAGUGCUAUGCCCUGGCUGCUGACCUCCGUGCGCACCGACGCGCCCAUGCUGGCCAAACACUCUACAUCUGCAGUGAGUGCGGCCAGAGCUUCCGCCACAGCGGCUACCUCGACCUGCACCAGAGUGUACAUAGACAGCGCAGCCGCUCCUGCUCUUGCCGUGCCUGCGGCCGCAGCUUCCCACACCUCCCGGCUCUGCUGCUGCACCGGCGCCGCCUGCAUCCCCCAGAGCGGCCCCGCCGCUGUCCGCUGUGUGCCCGCACCUUCCGACAGAGCGCGCUACGCUUCCACCAGGCGCGCGCACACCCGUGGGGGUCACCCAUCACACCCACAGACCCAUUGCACCGCUGCGCACAAUGCCCACGGGCGUUCCGCAGCUACGCAGGGCUGCGGAGCCACGCGCGCGUCCACGUGGCCCGGAGCUCUGGAGACUCCACACCUCCACAGCCUCAUGCUCCAGGUGCACACCAGUGCAGUGUGUGUGGGAAGAACUUUGGUAAGAGCUCAACACUAACACGACACCUGCAGAUUCACUCAGGUGAGAAGCCCUUCAAGUGCCCCGAGUGUGGAAAGGGCUUCUUGGAGAGUGCCACGCUCGUGCGCCAUCAGCGCACACACACAGGUGAGAAGCCCUACAUGUGCGGGGACUGUGGGCGCCGGUUCAGUGAGAGUUCCACCCUUUUGCGCCACAGGCGCAGCCACCAGGGAGAUCGGCCCCACGCAUGCACUACAUGUGGAAAGGGCUUUGGUCAGCGCUCUGACCUAGUGGUGCACCAGCGCAUACACACAGGCGAGAGGCCCUUCCCAUGUGCUGAGUGCGGCCGCCGCUUCAGCGACCGUUCUGACCUCACCAAGCACCGGCGCACACACACAGGCGAGAAACCCUACCACUGUGAGUUGUGUGGCAAAUGUUUCACGUGCGUAUCUAACCUCAACGUGCACCGGCGCAACCAUGCUGGUCACAAGCCCCACAAAUGCCCUGAGUGCGGCAAGGCCUUCAGCGUGGGGUCCAAACUGGCACUGCACCGCAAGACACACCUGGGCGAGCGACCAGCAGAAUGUGCUGAGUGCGGCAAGUGUUUCAGCCACAGUCGCUCGCUCUCACAGCACCAGCGGGCCCACACACGAGCGCGUGCCGCCACCGCUGCCACCCAAGCAACCGCAGGAGCUGCCCUCAUCUUUGCAGGGCAGGCAGAACAGGAGAAACCGGACUUUUUGUGUCCCAGCUGA